AUGGCUGUUCUGUCCGAGUCCAGGUUGAGAAUCGCCAUCGGCUGCGACGACGCUGGCGUUCACUACAAGGACAAGAUUAAGCAAGACUUCGAAAAAGACCCUCGUGUAGUGCUCAUCGAAGACGUGGGAAGCUAUACAGGUGAUGACAAGACGGCUUAUCCCCACCGGGCAGCGUCUGCAGCAAAGCUUGUGGCUGAUGGCACCUGUGAUCGGGCGCUGCUCAUCUGUGGUACAGGGCUUGGCGUCGCCAUUACAGCAAACAAAAUCAAGGGCGUACGAGCCGUGACAGCGCACGAUAGUUUCUCGGUUGAGCGAGCCGUCUUGAGCAACAACGCCCAGGUCCUAUGUAUGGGCGAGAGGGUCGUGGGAUUGGAGCUUGCGAGGCGCCUGGCCAAGGAGUGGUUGGGGUACAGGUUCGAUCCGCAGAGCGCGAGUGCCGCCAAGGUGGAUGCUAUCGUGGCGCUGGAGAGCGAUUCCGACUGA